CUGAAAGAAGAAGAAGAAGUGUGUGUGUGUGUGUGUGUGUGUGUGUGUGUCUUUCCCCCACCAGAGCAGGAAGAGAAAGCAAAACUCAGCAGCUGGAUUUUGUGUCGAGGUGAAAAUAAACUCUUUUAGGACGAAAACAAGAAGGAUGGAGGGAAAGAGAUCAGACUCACCAGAACCCAGCUCGGUGUCCAUGAAGAGUCAAUGGACAAAGGACCAUUCAGUAUACUUCAGAGACAGUUCUGCUGAUCUGAGAAUGAUGGAGGGAAAGAGAUCAGACUCACCAGAACCCAGCGGUGUGUCCAUGAAGAGUGAGAUGUCAGUGGGACGUCCACCUGCCUUCAGAGACCGAGACGGUUCUGCUGAUGUGAGACCACAAAAGAAGAAAUCAAACAUCAGCAGAAGUCAACUGGAGUCCAUAUUCAAGGAGCUGGAACACAAAGUCAUCGCUGUGAUACAGAAGGAGCUGAAAAGGUUUAAGAAGCUCCUGAGUCCAGAUUCCCCAGCAUGCUCUGAGAGGGAGGUGGAGGAUGAGGAGGAUCAGAGCAGCAUCAGAGAGGGAGUGCUGAAGAUCACACUGCACUUCCUGAAGAACAUGAACCACACAGAUCUCGCUCACACACUGCAGACCAAGUCUGCGGUCUCUGUGUGUCAGCAAAAGCUGAAAUCCCACCUGAGAGAGAAGUUCAAAAGAAUUAAUGAAGGAAUCUCACAGCAUGGAAGCCCAGCUCUUCUGAAUGAGAUCUACACAGAGCUCUACAUCACAGAGGGUUGGAGUGGAGACGUCAAUAAAGAACAUGAAGUGAGACAGAUUGAGACAGCGUCCAGGAGACCAGCAACACAGGAGACACCCAUCAAAUGUAAUGAUCUCUUUAAAGACACGUCCAUCAGAAGUGUGCUGACUAAAGGAGUUGCUGGAAUUGGAAAAACAGUCUCUAUGCAGAAGUUCAUUCUGGACUGGACCGAAGGAAAAGCGAAUCAGGACGUCACCUUCAUGUUCCCACUUCCCUUUCGAGAGCUGAAUCUGAUGAAGCAGGAAAUUCUCAGUCUGAUGAAUCUCCUUCAUCACUUUUUCCCAGAAAUGAGAGAACUAGGAUUAAUAGACUGUAACAUCUACAAAGUCCUGUUGAUCUUUGAUGGUCUGGAUGAGUGUCAAUUUCCUCUAAAUUUCAAGAACAGUGAGAGAUUGUGUGAUGUGACAGAGUCGGCCUCAGUGGAUGUGCUGCUGACAAACCUCAUCAAGGAGAAUCUGCUUCCCUCUGCUCUCCUCUGGAUAACUUCACGGCCAGCAGCAGCAAAUCAGAUCCCUCCUGAGUGUGUCGACCAGGUAACAGAGGUACGAGGGUUCAGUGAUCCUCAGAAAGAGGAGUACUUCAGGAAGAGGAUCAGUGAUCAGAGCCUGGCCAAUAAAAUCAUCACACACAUGAAGUCCUCAAGAAGCCUCUACAUCAUGUGCCACAUCCCAGUCUUCUGCUGGAUCUCAGCCACUGUUCUUGAGAGAAUGUUGGGUGGAGCAGAGAGUGGAGAGAUCCCCAAGACUCUGACUCAAAUGUUCACACACUUCCUGAUCUUUCAGAUCAAACACAAGGAGCAAAAGUACCAUCAGAAAUGUGAGCCUGAUCCUCAGCAGACCAGAGAGAGUAUCCUGGCACUGGGAAAACUGGCUUUCCAACAGCUGGAGAAAGGAAACCUGAUCUUCUAUGAGGAAGACCUGAGAGAGUGUGGCAUUGAUGUGAGAGAAGUGUCAGUGUACUCAGGAGUGUGUACCCAAAUCUUCAGAGAGGAGUUUGGGCUUCACCUGGGGAAGGUCUUCAGCUUUGUACAUCUGAGCGUUCAGGAGUUUCUGGCUGCUUUAUACACAUUUCUCUGCUUUAUUUUUACAAAGACAAAUGUGCUCGGGAAUCAACCUCCUGGACUUUUUAAUUUCUUCAGAAAGUCAAACAUGUCUGAUUUCCUCAGGAGUGCAGUGGACAAGGCCUUACGGAGUGAGAAUGGACACCUGGACCUGUUCCUCCGCUUCCUUCUGGGUCUCUCACUGGAAUCCAAUCAGACUCUCUUACGAGGCUUGAUGCCCCAGACAGGAAGUAGCUCUCACAGCAAACAGGAAACAGUCAAAUACAUCAAGAAGAAGAUCAGGGAGAAUCCAUCUCCAGAGAAAUCCAUCAAUCUGUUCCACUGUCUGAAUGAACUGAAUGAUCAUUCUCUCGUGCAGGAAGUACAACGCUACCUGAACAGAAGAGAUUCCUGGUGUCUCAGUGGAACCAGACUCGCUCCUGCUCAGUGGUCAGCUCUGGUGUUUGUGUUACUGAACUCAGAACAGGAGCUGGAUGAGUUUAAUUUGAGUAAAUAUGACCCAUCAGAGGAAUGUCUUCUGAAGCUGAUUCCAGUGGUCAAAGCCUCCAGAAGAGCCGAUCUGCGUCGGUGUAAUCUGACAGAGGAAAGCUGUAGAGUUCUGUCCUCAGUUCUCAGCUCAAACUCCUCCAGUCUGAGAGAACUGGACCUGAGUCACAAUUAUAACCUGCAGGAUUCAGGAGUGAAGCUUCUCUCUGCUGGACUGGAGAAUCCACACUGUACACUGGAGAUACUGAGUCUGCGUGUAUGUAAUCUGACAGAAGAAAGCUGUAGAGUUCUGUCCUCAGUUCUCAGCUCAAACUCCUCCAGACUGAGAGAACUGGACCUGAGGGACAAUAACCUGCAGGAUUCAGGAGUGAAGCUGCUCUCUGCUGGACUGGAGAAUCCACACUGUACACUGGAGAAACUGAGUCUGCGUGGGUGUAAUCUGACAGAGGAAAGCUGUAGAGUUCUGUCCUCAGUUCUCAGCUCAAACUCCUCCAGACUGAGAGAACUGGACCUGAGUGACAAUAACCUGCAGGAUUCAGGAGUGAAGCUGCUCUCUGCUGGACUGGAGAAUCCACACUGUACACUGGAGACACUGAGUCUGUGGGGGUGUAAUCUGACCGAGGAAAGCUGUAGAGUUCUGUCCUCAGUUCUCAGCUCAAACUCCUCCAGACUGAGAGAACUGGACCUGAGGGACAAUAACCUGCAGGAUUCAGGAGUGAAGCUGCUCUCUGCUGGUCUGGAGAAUCCACACUGUACACUGGAGACACUGAGUCUGAGGGAACUGAAUCUGAGUGGAAAUAACCUGCAGGAUUCAGGAGUGAAGCUGCUCUCUGCUGGACUGGAGAAUCCACACUGUACACUGGAGAAACUGAGGUUGUCGAACUGCAGGAUUACAGGAGAAGGUUGUGCUGCUCUGGUUUCAGCUCUGAGGUCAAACCCAUCACAUCUGAGAGAACUGGCUCUGAACUGGAAUAAUCCAGGAAAAUCAGGAGUGAAGCUGCUCUCUGAUCUACUGAAGGAUCCACACUGUACACUGGAGACACUACAUCUGCGUGGGUGUAAACUGACAGAGGAAAGCUGUAGAGUUCUGUCCUCAGUUCUCAGCUCAAACUCCUCCAGACUGAGAGAACUGGACCUGAGUGCCAAUAACCUGCAGGAUUCAGGAGUGAAGCUGCUCUCUGCUGGACUGGAGAAUCCACACUGUACACUGGAGAUACUGAGUUGUCCAGAUGAAGAAGUGCUUCAGGAACCUGAUGAACAGCCCAGAUACCAGAAAACCGAUAAACAGCAUGAACAAAACCAGAAGUUGCAGCAGGAGAACAGAGAGCAGAAGCAUUCAGUCAUCACAGAGGUAUUCAUCCCUGAAUUAGUGAAACACGGUGAUGACAGCGGUGCAUACAGAUUUCGUUGCUCUCGUGCUGGUCAGUUUCACUGCAAAUUGACCAACCUUGGCUUUGAGAUGAAAGAGAAUGGGGAAGUGCUGUACACAAUCGUGUCCUGGGAUAACGGUCAGUUGCAGGGCCUGGGCCAAUUCCAGCCUGCAGGACCCCUGUACAACAUCAACUGCUCAGAAGGUUCAAUUCUUUAUCUGCAUUUCCCACACUGCGAGAUACAAACAGAUCGCAAUCAGAUCGAACUGGCUGUGGCACAUUUCAUUGAGGGUAAUGUGGAGAUCAUUCAGCCCCUGAAAAUAACAAACACACACGUGAUCUUGGAAGUCCAAGGUCUUUCCUUGUUUGGCCUGAUUAUAAAAAGGAUCUUUGGGGAAAACCCCAUCAGUGCCCAAGUCCUUCUCUUCUCCAAAGAAAUGAUUGGAAUGAAGGAAAGGAGGAGAAAACUGGACAUUCACUUGUUGCCAGGAAAUGUGCCAGUUGAAGAGGUGCAGAAACGACACCAGUGCAGCACAUACAUUCCAUGCAGCUCCAUAUGUGAACUGACGCCUGGUAAAAAAUAUAGACCACUUUGUCAACCUCAUGUAUCCCAGCCAAAGGUUCAGACAUUUGUCUGUGACUAUGGACCCAACUAUCACAUCACAUUUGAGGUGAUCCUUAAGAGGGAGGUUGAAGUCCUCACAUUAGGUCUUUCAGACGAAAUUGGUGAGGAGGUGUGGGAGCCUCGUCAGGUCUUUCUUUCAGUGAAUAGUCAAGAAGCAGCUCCAGUUGUAAUGGAUAAAGGUGUUGAAUUUGUGGAUAAAUACAGAGACACGCUCAUACAGAGAGUUGCAUCAGUACUGGAAAUAGCAGACACUCUACUCACCAAGAAAAUAAUCAACAAUGAAAUGUACAGUGUUCUCAACGAGGCAACAACACCACAGGAGAAAAUGAGGAAAUUGUACAGAUUUCUCGACUCAGGAGGAAGAGCUGCCAAAGCAGAAUUCUAUAAAGUCCUGAAGGAGAAGGAGCUUCUUGUAGUGAAUGACCUGGAGUCAGGAUUUGAAUAAUCCAACACUGUCACAAUGUAGUAUUAAUUUUUAUGUCAGGUUUUUUAUACUCAGUAACAUCAGCCAUUGUAAUGAUGUCACUUUCAUGAAUAAUUCUAUUAGCCAAUGGCAGACUGCAGUUAAAAAAAUAAAAAAUAAAAUGUUCCUGUGGUCAGGAACUUACUGUUCAUAGACCAUGAUGUUUUGAAGGCUGUCCAUAAGUGACACCUCCUUGUUAUUUGUAAUCUAUGGAGUGAUAGAAAUAUAUGUUUGACAUGCUUAAAACUGGCCCAGGCAGUUCUGAUGGCUACUUGUUUUGGUUCGUUAAAUCCUUGAGAUUUAUCUUCGUUCACAUUCUGCUCUCUACUUAAGGAAGGUUAUUUUGGCCAGUAAUGUCUUUCUUCUUUCAUUAGAUUAUAAUCCUGAUGCGUGAUGUAAUGGUACACAAUGUCUCUCUCUUUCAUAAAACAGUAUCAACCAGUGAAGUAACCCAUUCCCAUCACCCACUGAUGUCCUGAAUGUGAACAUAUACUCAUGUUUGUCCUACAGUAAACUGAGGAACGUCUCUGAACAGCUAUGCCUGCGUCAGUGAUUAUUUGCUCCCGGAUCGAUCCUUGAGGCAGAAUCUCCUGGGUGGUAGAGGUUGACAUUCCUCUAUCAUGCAACCCCGAUUCCAAAAAAGUUGGGACAAAGUACAAAUUGUAAAUAAAAACGGAAUGCAAUGAUGUGGAAGUUUCAAAAUUCUAUAUUUUAUUCAGAAUAGAACAUAGAUGACAUAUCAAAUGUUUAAACUGAGAAAAUGUAUCAUUUAAAGAGAAAAAUUAGGUGAUUUUAAAUUUCAUGACAACAACACAUCUCAAAAAAGUUGGGACAGGGGCAACAAGAGGCUGGAAAAGUUAAAGGUACAAAAAAGGAACAGCUGGAGGACCAAAUUGCAACUCAUUAGGUCAACUGGCAAUAGGUCAUUAACAUGACUGGGUAUAAAAAGAGCAUCUUGGAGUGGCAGCGGCUCUCAGAAGUAAAGAUGGGAAGAGGAUCACCAAUCCCCCUAAUUCUGCACCGACAAAUAGUGGAGCAAUAUCAGAAAGGAGUUCGACAGUGUAAAAUUGCAAAGAGUUUGAACAUAUCAUCAUCUACAGUGCAUAAUAUCAUCAAAAGAUUCAGAGAAUCUGGAAGAAUCUCUGCGCGUAAGGGUCAAGGCUGGAAAACCAUACUGGGUGCCCAUGAUCUUCAGGCCCUUAGAUGGCACUGCAUCACAUACAGGCAUGCUUCUGUAUUGGAAAUCACAAAAUGGACUCAGGAAUAUUUCCAGAGAACAUGAUCUGUGAACACAAUUCACCGUGCCAUCUGCUGUUGGCAGCUAAAACUCUAUAGUUCAAAGAAGAAGCCAUAUCUAAACAUGAUCCAGAAGUGCAGAAGUUGCUGUCAUGAAAUUUCAAAUGAGCCAAUAUUUGGUAUGAAAUUUCAAAAUGUCUCACUUUCAACAUUUGAUACGUUGUCUAUGUUCUAUUGUGAAUACAAUAUCAGUUUUUGAGAUUUGUAAAUUAUUGCAUUCCAUUUUUAUGUACAAUUUGUACUUUGUCCCAACUUUUUUGGAAUCGGGGUUGUACUUUGUCAAUUCAACCUCCUUCAGUACAGACAGAUCAAAACCUAUCAGGGUUGAAAAUGUGUAUACAUAAUGUAUUUAAAACUAAAGAUGUAAAAACAAUGCAGCCGGUUUAAAACGUGUUGCAGUUCCUGCAGUAAACUGCAGAUCCCUGCAACUUCAAGAGACCCAAACAUUACAUGGUUUUAUAAUCUCGGUGAGGGCCCAUAUUGAUGUAUGUCAUUCAUGUGUAGAUUCUACAGCAUCCAAGGUGACCUACUUGUGUUUGUUUUCCUCAUGCAAUCUUGUCACAAAAUCCUUUAUGAAGAUUAUAUACACAAAGGAAUGCUUUAAUGUUUCCUAAUUAAAGCAGUUUCCAAUUGAA